UUAAAGCCUUAUGUGCACGAGACACUGUACACGCGCUCCGUACAGUACGAGAGACCCAAUCGGAGCAGAGAAGGGGCGCGCGUGGCGCUUGAAAAUAACUCACUGUAGUGCACUCACCUGCUUGCUGGUUCCACUCUAGCGGGAUCGAAUCAAAUCGCAUAACAGCAGCUGCCGAGCGAAGGAACUGAACUGAACUGUGUAUCUUCUUCUGGCAGUGAUGGAGGAACUCACAUUUGGGGAAGCAAUUACAAAAGCGAGGGAUUCUCUCCAUCGUUUCCCUCUGAAGAAGGUGAGAGGUGUUCCUCUCCUGGAGCCCGUUGCCCAAAACUGGGAGUCCAUCUCUUCCUUUUGCCCAGACCCAUCAGAUCUUCUCAUUGCUACUUACCCCAAAGCAGGAACCACAUGGACCCAGGAGAUCGUGGACCUGCUGCUACACAAUGGAGAUGCAGAAGCUUGCAGGAGGGCCCCCACAAUUGUGCGGAACCCCUUCCUUGAGAUCACGGCGCCACCUCCCAUCCCCUCCGGUCUCGAGCUGCUCAGCAGAAUGAAACCACCCAGGGUUAUUAAGACACACCUACCGAUUCAACUGGUGCCUGAAGGUUUUUGGAAAAACAAAUGCAAGGUGAUUUACAUGGCCCGCAAUGCCAAGGAUAACCUGGUGAGCUACUACCACUUUGACAGGAUGAACCUUUCGCACCCUGAGCCAGGACCGUGGGAUGGCUACAUCCACAAGUUUAUGAACGGAGAGUUGGCCUGGGGCUCCUGGUACGACCAUGUCAAGGGUUACUGGGCAGAGAAAGAAAAGAGCAAUAUUCUCUAUUUAUUUUUUGAAGACAUGAAGGAGAAUCCUCGCCGGGAAGUGGAGCGCAUCAUGCAGUACCUGGACCUGUCCGUUUCCGACGAUAUCCUGGAGCGAAUUGUAGAUCUCACAUCCUUCGAGGUCAUGAAGAACAACCCAAUGGCCAACUAUACCUUCAUACCCAAAAUAGUCUUUGACCCAUCUAUUUCUCCAUUCAUGAGAAAAGGGGAAGUGGGUGACUGGGUCCAUCAUUUCACUCCAGAACAAACAAAGUUAUUUGAUGAAGAUUAUGCAAGACAAAUGAGAAGCACAAAUAUUCCCUUUAGGACCAACAUCUAAACAGGCCUUCCAGAGUUUACUGCAGUUCUGCACAUAUCACAAUUACCAGAUUAUAGUAAGUG